CCUUUCUCGACGCAACACAAAUACCAGACGAUGGCGCCGAGGAAGGCCAAGGGCGGGGCGCCAUCCACAAGUGGCGGGGGCGCACAGGAGAGCGGCGGCAUGGAGGCCGUCGUCUCGCGCUUUCCCCUCACCUACCCUUUCCCAGACCCGCUCACGGACCUCGACGUGAUCCCGGCGUCGGACGUGUCGCUGGAGCAGGACCUGCUCCUCAAUAUCGACAACCAGCGCUCCUGGAACGGCUACCUGGACCACGUCGUCUCGUCCAACCGGCCGUCGGAGAACCAGCCGCUGUUCCACUCGCCCGACGAUGCCCUCUCCUCGGUCGAGGUCCGCUAUCUGGGACCGCUGGCCUCGUCCGAGAACCGCCUGGCGCUCAAGAGGGUCACGUUUGCCUAUGAGCGCGCAAUCGCCCAGUUCCCCACCUCCUACGGUGUCUGGCGCGACUACCUGCUGCUUCGGAUGCAGUUUGUUCUCGCCGAGCCCAGGGGCGGACUGGAUGGCUUCUGGAAGCGGCAGAUCAAGACGGGCAAGCAGAAUCUCGAAGCAGGCCCAACACUCUUGGAGGGCGGCGUUGAGGGGGCCGACGAGUGGGAGUGGGGCAAACGGCAGGGCGCGAGCAUCGAGCCCCUCGAUGGAAGAGUGGGGCAUCGGGAGUGGGAGAGCCUCGCGGCCGUCUUUGAGCGCAGCCUGAUCUGUAUACCCAGGGCCCCUCGGAUUUGGUUGCUGUACUUCACGCUCCUCCUCCAUCCUUCCUGCCCGCCGACGCUGUCGCACACGCACACCCGCCGCACCUUUGACCGGGCACUCAGGACACUGGCCCCUUCGCAGCAUCUCCGCGUCUGGAAGCUCUACCUCAGAUGGGCCGAGAUGCGGUCCGGCGAGACGUGCCUGCGCAUCUGGAGGCGCUACCUCUCCGUCGACCCAAGCUUGACGGAGCGAUUUGUCGUCCUCCUCGAGCGCAUGAGGGCUAGUCUCGAAGAGGAGGAAGAGGACGAUGACGAUGAGGAAGAAGAGGAAGACGAGGAGAAGGACAAGCUCAAGGCAAAGAGGUCGCUCGAGGCCGCAAAGGUCCUCUUGAAGCUGGCGAGCGAGGCUGGGCAAGGCCGCUACACCUCGCCCGAGGGAAAGAGCGCCUACCAGCUCCUCAUCGAGUGGCUCGAGCUCUGCGAAAAGUAUCCCGACGAAGUAGGGAUGGACCGCGAGGAGGAAGACGCGCUACCCUCGUCGUCUGGCGAGUCUGGCAGCGCGGCAUACAAGCUCACAGACUCGGAUACCGAUGUGGCUUCGUCGUCGAGGCUGCCCGUCUCGCACAUUGUACGCUCGCUCGGCCUGGCGCGAUUUCCAGACCAGGCAGGCCGACUCUGGACCGGCCUGGCUACGUACUGGAUUCGACGAAACGACCUGGAGGCGGCCAAAGACACCUUUGAAGAGGGCAUUGCUAAUGUCGUGACGGUGCGAGAUUUCACCCAAAUCUUUGACGCUUACGCCGAGACGAGCGAGAAUGUCGUUGGCUUCCUCAUGGAGGCGCUCGCAGGCGACGAAGAAGACGAGGAAGACGAGGAAGAAGAAGAGGAGGAGGAGGAGGGUGAGAGCAGAGCGGCAAAGGAGGCUGAGCUGGAUCAGAAAAUGAAGGAAUUCGAGGACCUGAUGGAGAGAAGGCCCUUCCUCGUCAACGACGUCUUGCUCCGAAGAAAUCCGAACGACGUGCAGGAGUGGGAGAAGCGCGUCUUGCUGCACGGCGACGACGAUGAGAAGGUCGUUGAGACGUACAAGAAAGCAAUCGAGACGAUCAACCCGCGAAAGGCGACUGCGAACCACCAUGUGCUCUUCAUCAACUUUGCUCGCUUCUAUGAGGAGGGUGGCAAUGCCGGCAGAGAGUUCUUGCAGCAGCUACAGGGCGAGGAGCCAGUGUGCGAGGACGAGGAGGUGCCCGAGGCUGACAUCGACUCGGCCAGGAAGGUGUAUGAACGAGCGACGACGGUCCCAUUUAAGCGCGUCGACGAUCUGGCAGACGUGUGGUGCCAGUGGGCCUCGAUGGAGGCGCGCCAGGGCAACUUUGAUGCCGCACUCCGAGUCAUGGUUCGGGCGACGGCCGCGCCAAGAUCGGCGGCCCAGAUCAAGUCAAUCAGCUUCUACGAUGAGAGCCUACCCGUGCAGACACGCCUGUUCAAGAGUGCCAAGUUGUGGGCGUUCUACGUCGACCUGCAGGAGGCCCUCGACAGUGAUGGAUCCGUCGAGGGAACAAAGGCCGUGUACGAUCGCAUGAUCGACCUCAAGAUCGCCACACCCCAGGUCCUCAUCAACUAUGCCGGUUUCCUCGAGGAUCAUCACUACUUUGAGGAGGCUUUCAAGGUGUACGAGCGCGGCGUCGAGGCCUUCACCUAUCCUGUUGCGUUUGAGCUCUGGAACGUAUACCUGUCCAAGUUUGUCGCACGGUACGGCGGGACUAAGAUCGAGCGCGCGAGGGACCUCUUUGAGCAGGCGCUCGAGAGCUGUCCGGAGAAGUUUGUCCGGCCGCUGUUCCUCAAGUACGGUCAGCUCGAGGAGGAGCACGGCCUGUCGAAGCGGGCAAUGCGCAUCUAUGAGCGCGCCACCGAGCGCGUGUCCGAAGACGACCGGUUCGACAUGUUUGCCUUUUACAUUGCCAAGGUGGCCGAGGGGGCCGGGGGCAUCGCAGCGACGCGCAGCGUAUACAGCCGGGCGAUUGAGGUGCUGCCAGACAGGCAGACCGCGCGCAUGUGCCUCCGCUUUGCGGCUCUCGAGCGCAAGCUUGGCGAGGUGGACCGGGCAAGAGCCAUCUACGGCCAUGCGGCUCAAUUUGUCGAUCCCCGAUCCGACGACGAAGGAAGUGGCGCAGAGGGAGGCUUGGGCUUCUGGAAGGCAUGGAACAGGUUCGAAAUCGAGUGCGGGACCGAGGAGACAUUUAGGGAGAUGCUUCGGAUCAAGCGGAGCGUCCAGGCCCAAUUCAAUACCGACGUUAGCUACAUUGCGGCCUAUGCCAGGAGCGCAGCAGCCAAGGCAAAGCAGCAGACGAAUGGGUCUGCCGCAGCAGCAGCAGCAGCAAACGAAGAGGCAGACGACGACGAGGACCAGGAGAACGACCCUAUGCGAAAGGCAGAGGUCGAAGCCAGGGCAAGAGCUGGUGGACCCAGCUUUGUGGCGGCCAAGCAGAGUCAGGCACAAGUGCAACAAGCACCAGAGGAGAAUGAAGAAGAGAUUGGAGGGGGUGACGACGACGAUGAGGAUCUCAUGUAGUGUAGAUUGCUGCAAUUGAAUUAAGGAUUCGAGUGUAGAUGCAAGCCC